UUAAAUCAAGCCGUGUAUUUAGGGCCCUACCAAAUUCACGGCCAUGAAACACGCGUCACGGACCAUGCAAUCUGGUCUCUGUCCUGUGAAAUCUGGUCUUUUGUGUGCUUUUACCCUGUACUGUACAGAUUUCAUGGGGGAAACCAGUGUUUCUCAAAUUGGGGGUCCUGACCCACAUGGGAGUUGCAGGGGGGUCACAAGGUUAUUGUAGGGGGUCGCAGGAUUGCCACCCUUACUUCUGUGCUGCCUUCAGAGCUGGGCAGCUGGAGAGCAGCGGCUGGUGGCCGGAGAGCAGCAGUUGUUGGCUGGGUACCCAGCUCUGAGGCGCCCCCUGCCAGCAGCGGCGCAGAAGUAGGGGUGGUGAUACCCCCCCAUAACUUUUGACCUCCCCCCCCUCCUUUUUGGGUCUGGACCCCCGCAGUUCCAACACCUUGACAUUUCAGAUUUAAAGAGCUGUAAUCAUGAAAUUUACUAUUUUUGAAAUCCUAUGACCGUGACUUUGGCCAAAGUGGACGGUGAAUUUGGCGGGGCCCAACGGAUUUUGCCUCCUUUGCUUGGCUGUACAGUUUGAUCAUUAUGGAUGAAAAGCUUUUGUCAGCGGUUUGUGCGUGGGCGGUGACAUUGACCUUUAUCGGGAUGGCAUUUACCCAAAUACUUCCAAGCCAAGGUCUGACGCAGGCUGGGAGACGGCCCCGAAUGACCUCCAGCUAGUUUCUCCAUGAGGCGAUGGGAUCACAGGCUCCGUGGGGGAAGAGAUUUCUGGGUGUAGGUGGCUUUCACUGAGCAGCAAAAGACAGAGUGGCUGGGUGGCGAAGGGAGAUACAUUCAGGCUAGAAAUAAGGUGCAGAAUAUUAACAGGGCGGAGACUGAACCAACUGAGCUCGGGACCGGGUGGCUUCAUUGUCAAUAAGAUCAGGAAGCUGUUAGUAACUGAAACGUUUCUAGGGCUUAAUUCACGGGGACAGAUUUUGCAGUUGGAUUUAAAUUCCCCAGGCUGCCUUUGGAAACCAGCUACUGUUCAUUAGGUGGUUUGUAGUGGCGCAUAGAGGAUCAAGCUGAGAUUGGGAGCCCGUCGCGCCAGGCGCUGCCCAGACACAAAAUCACCGAGGCCAAGGGCCCUUUUUCCAACACAAGGUCUUCAAGCCCCCCCCCCCCUUCGUAUUUCUCUUGCUAGUUACCAGACCUCCACUCCCCUCCCAGAGCUGGGGACAGACCCAGGCGUCCUGGCUCCCAGCCCCCCUGCUCUACCCACUAGCCCCCACUCCCCUCCCAGAGCUGGGGAUAGAACCCAGGCGUCCUGGUCUCUGGCUGCUGGCUCUGCAUUGGCACUAGAGUGUGCGAGCACCAGUGUGCGUUUCUGAGGGGGACGAGAUUGGCUGCGACACAGACACUCAUCGCCCCCCUGCGCCCGCCCCCCCCCGCACGGAGCCUGCAGCUGGCAGCAGAGGGCUCCCCACAAUGGAGACUGAGCUGCCCGAGUCCUCUCCCUCCCCUGACUCCCCCCAGGAGGAGCCGCCCGGCAGGCCCCCACGCCGGCUGCCCCACCAGUGCGGCUCUUGCCAGCGCCGCUUCGCCCAGGCCCACGGCCUCCGGCAGCACCGGUGCCGUCCCCACGACCCGCCCGCCCAGAGCCCGGCCGGCGGCGAAUCCCACCGGUGCCGCUCUGGCGCCAAGCAUGGGCACCGGUGCCGGGUGUGCGGGAAGCAGUUCAAAUUCCCCUACUACCUGGCGCGGCACGGCCUGACCCACGGCGGGCAGAGGCCGUUCCAGUGCCCGGUGUGCCGCAAGGCCUUCCGCCGCCCGGCCCACCUGGCCCGCCACCAGCGCACCCACGCCCGCCAGCGCCUCCCGGAGCCGGCCCCGCGCCAGCAGGCCGGGCCCCCGGGCGAGGAAGCCGAGGAGAAGCAGGUGCUGCUGCAGGAGGACUGGACGUUGCUCUGCCUGGCCUGCCAGGAGGCCUUCGAGACCAAGGGUGAGCUGAAGGCGCACAAGUGCUUCAAGACUCGGGGCCAGGCCGGGCCGGGCGGCGCCCAGCGGCACCAGUGCAGCGAGUGCCACAAAUUCUUCGCCCGGCCCUGGUCCCUGUCGCGCCACCGCCGGGUGCACACGGGCGAGAAGCCCUUUGCCUGCCCCGACUGCGGCAUGGCCUUCCGCCUCUCCUCCUACCUCAAGCAGCACAGCCGGACCCACGGCCCCGGCGCGGGGCUGCCCUUCGCCUGCCCGCUCUGCCGCCAGCGCUUCCGCAAGGCGGGCGAGCUGGCCAGCCACCGGCGGGCGCACGGGGCAGCCGCCCCGGGGCCGGAGCAGCCCCCCAAGGGCACCGAGUGCAGCGUCUGCGGGAAAGCCUUCAAGAGCAAGUACGACCUGGCCACCCACUUCCUGAUCCACACGGGCGAGCUGCCCUACCCCUGCGGCCAGUGUGGCAAACGCUUCCGGCGCCUCUCCCACCUCAAGCAGCACCAGGUCACCCACACGGGCGCCCGGCCCUUCCAGUGCGUGCUCUGCCAGAAGGAGUUCAAGCGGCUGGCCGACCUGGCCCGCCACCGGCAGGUCCACCAGGGGGACAAGCCCCACCAGUGCGGGGUCUGCCACAAGUUCUUCUCCCGCGCCUACAGCCUCCUGCGGCACCAACGCGGGCACCGGCCCGAGCCCCUGGCCAGCACCCUCCCCGCGGCCUUCCUCAGCAGCUCCUGCUUCGACAGCCAGGACCACUCGGCCUUCUGCCCCCCGGAGGAGGAGGAGGAAGGGGGCGCGGCCGGCGGCUCUGGGGAGGGCUCAUGACGCGCCCAAGAGGCUGGAUUUGGGGGGGUCAGAGAGGGGAAUUCCCUGGUGGGGGGGACCCCUGGAUCAGAGUUGCAGGGAAGGGGUCCAAGGCCCCCCACCAACCUUCUGAACCAGUCCUUGAAAUAUACACCUGGGAGUUUGGGGGGG